UAGGUAGAUAUAAUUAGAAAAGCCAGAUCUAAAAUCUCCUUAAAUUAGGAGAAAAUGAAUAUUCCAUAUUUGAGGAUUUUUGUAAUUGCUUAGACUUACUUAGGAUGUUAGCAGUUUGAUUAUGAGUUGUGUCAAUUUUGUUCUUAUAGGUUUAAUUUGAGUGUUUAGUUAUUAAACGUCUUUCAUAUUGGGUAACAAGUUUUAAUUUAGAAAGUUUCUAUUGUCUGCUGGUUUGUUAACAAUUACAAAGUUUGAUGAAUGGCAAUUCUCUAUUGUCUUCUGUGAGAUCAUGAUCUUCAAACUUAUAUAUGUUUACAGAACCUGCAUAUAUAUAUAUAUAUAUACAUAUAUAUAUGUAUAUGCAGAUAAGCAUUAAAAAGCCAUGUGCAUGAAUGCAUGCACAGACAUCCUAAUAAAGUUCCCCAAUUGAGAGUUUCAAAGUGGACUACGACCCAAAAUAUCAAACCAAGUAAGGCUACGUUUACUCGUACUUAUAUGGUUAUAAUACCUUUAUCAUACCAUUGGUCUAAUUACAUAGUACAUUGUAAUCUAACCUUGUCUGAAAUUAUAAUAAACGUAAUGACAAAAGGAGAUUUAAGCAAAAAAAGAAAUAAGCCAAGAGUCGAUUAUGCACUCUAUGAUGUUAAGGCCAAUUCAGCUCUAAUGAUCCUUUUACACUGCAGCAUCCUGUUGUAUGUGAGCUUCUAAAUGACUUAAGAUAUAUGUGCACACACAGUACUUAUGUAUAUAUCUACAUACACAUAUACAUACACCAAAAUAGGCCGUACCUGGUGUUGUUUCUGGCAAAGAAAGGUCCUAGGAACAGAGAUUGGAGGUCCUAAGCUUAUUAUGUGUGAACCAAGGUACACAUGAUACAAGACAGCUGAAGUGGACUCAAACAUAUUCCUUUUAAACACAAAUUUACUACAGCGGACUAAGACAAAGUGAUUAUGAGCUGUCAGAUAUAGCCAAGCAAAUACUAUCAAAAUUGAUGACUUAAUCAACUUCUGCUCUUAAAGGGUGCUUGACUGCUAUUGAUCUCUGCAUUUCUGGUCUCACAUUAUUAAACCUUGUCAGAGGCAUAUGAGUGACCACUCCCCUGUGUUUCUAUUCACUAUACAUCCACAUUCAAAACUGGAAUGAGGUACUAUCUGAAAUCCUUGGGAAUUGCAGGCUAUUAAAUAAAGAACUAUGCCUGCAUUUUACAAGUAUUGAAUAUGACACUGAGGCACCUGUUUUCAUUCUACGUUUCUUUGCGACUUGCAAUUUCCGAUAUUAUCCUCUAAUAGAUGCAAAAGGUGUUAGUGACAGGUUGUUUCAUGACCCUGGUUAUAGCAGGUGUACUAUCUGUAGUUCUAUGACAUUUGUUUUGCAAGGUGUUCAUGCAUUGUUGAUUUUUUUAAGCAUUAAUGGCUCUUCUUCAUUCAGAUUCUUGCCGAUAGGAUUGCUUUAAAGUUUCUCCUGCAUGAGCUUUUCGUGGCAACUUUUUUUUCCUGUUUGUAUUCUGUGUGUUCUUUUCUCAAAUGCGCUUUUAUGAGAAUUGUCGUUUACCAUUUAUUAUUCUUAACCACUAUGUCCUGUAGCUUCCCUGCAAACUGAUACAAUAGAGGUAAGGAUCAAGGCCCUCUUCAUCGCUUCAUUGUUUGUGCUUCUGCUCCUGCUAGUUUUUAUCUUCUUCUUCUUUUCCUUCUUCUGAAAGGCCUCAUUAAGGGUCUCCGUGUUUUCUCCAACAAUGAAUUUCCUUUUGACCCCUGACAAAGGAAAGGAAGAGAAGCAUGUGGGUGUCCAAUGCUUGUAUUGCAAAAAAGUAUUCAAAAAUCACCAGGCUUUAGGGGGCCAUCUUAGCGCUCAUCAGGAAGAGAUCAACUCAAAGAGGAGCUGGAAUUAUCCUAGCCAUUUCAGCAACUCAGCAAGCAUUACUAACAAUAGUCCUCAACCUUUCAGCAUGCGUCAUCCUGAAAUUUUUUCUGGAGGCCCUCUCUUCAGUGAGGUAACCCCUCCUUUGGAUUUCUCCAAGAGACUCUACUCAAAUGAAAAUAGCUGGGUGAAUAUAAGCAGGUUCUAUGAGAACAAUACGAGCGCUAUGCCUCCAAAAUGUUCAUCUAGUAGUGGUCAUGCUGAAAUCCAAAAUUCUAAACCUUUAUCCUUCAUAGCACCUGCUCCCUCUGGUAGCAUGGUACCAAUUAGUGUUCCUUUGGAUCCUCCAUUCUGUUUGGUCUCAAAUGGAGUUUGUCAGUUUAAUACUGAUCAAUUUCGAUCUUUUAGGGAUGGUAUGCCAUCCUUUUCUGCAAAUGCCAUGCCAUACUUUCAGGAUCACAACUGUUGUAUGAUUCCAUAUCCUGUGAAUGCUGUAACUGAUCUUCAUCCAGAUCUCAGCUCAAAACAGUCACUUUGCUUCAAGGAACCUAUUACUAUUGGUUCCUUGCCUCCAGAUCCCAGUGAAUCUUCAGGCCAAGGUGAAAUUGGUCGGUAUAAGACACAAACUGUCUCAACCUCUAAAGGUCGCAAGAAGCACUGCAUAGGUGGAGCCGGAGGAAUUGCUGCUGAGAUAAUGAAUCCAUCAAAAAGGCCUAAGAAAAACUCCGAGUUGUUGAUGGAAACAGAUAAGCCUCCACAUCCCAGUCAAUCUUCAGACCAAGGUGAAAUUGGUGAGUACGAGACACAAAUUCUCUUAACCUCUAAAGGAGGUAAGAGGCACUGCUUAGGUGAAGCUGGAGGAAGUGCCGAGAUGAUGAAUUGUCAAUGGAAAAGGCCUAAGAUCAACUCUGAGUUGUCAAUGGAAACUGAUAAGCCUCCCAAGAGAGAGCUUCUUCUUUUUAAAGAUGUGGAGAACUGCUUUUCCAGGGCAGGAAUAUCUUCUAAUGCGGGAGAAGAGGAAGGCCAAAUGGAUCUCGAUCUCUCUCUACAUCUGUAGCUUCAUACUGGUCUUAUUUAUACAGAACUCCAAGUGACAAUGGAAACAGAUACGCCUCGGAAGAGAGAGCUUAAAUUUCUUUUAAGAUGAGGAGAACUCCUUUCUGGGUCAUGUAUGUCGUUUUAUCCGAAAGAGGAAGGCCAAAUAAAUCUAGAUCUAUCUCUAUAUUUGUAGCUUUA